AUGGCUCCCAGAAAGAACGCGCAGUCUACGGCUGCCGAAAUCUCCCUGGUCCAUCUCCAAAACUGCUUCGUCAACCUGCCACCGUCACUGGCCUCCCUCCUCUCCAACGUCAACACGCCCGCCCAGAAUGUCAUUGUCGAACUCAACUACCGCGUCCAGUCGACCCCUGACGCCAUCGCACAAGGCGCCCCCGCCUCGGUCAACAAAAACAUCUUUGUAGGAUGGACCGGCAUGCCCAGCAAGCGCAAGGUCAACCCCCUGGUGGGGAGUCACGGCAUCGACAGGACGCGGUCUACAUCGUCACGCGACCAGGAAAUCCCCCUCGUCGAGAUCGACACCACUCUGGCCGGCACCCUAGGCCUUAAAGAAGGACAAAAGGUCAUGGCCACAGUACACUUCGACCCGCCCAUGGCCACCACCGUCAACAUCGAACCCCUUACUCCCGACGACUGGGAGAUGAUCGAGCUACACGGCACCUUCCUCGAAGACAACCUCCUAUUCCAAGUCCGCGCCAUCCCCAACCCCGUCUACGCUCCCGGCGGCGUUCUCUCAACACCCCACCCCUUAACCCUACACCUGUCGCAAACAUCCAAGGCCAACAUCAAGGUCAUCUCCAUCGACCCUCCUCUACCUCCUGACGCCCCAUGCGCCAAGAUCGCUCCCGACGCCGAAAUCAUCGUGGCCCCCAAGGUCCGCUCCAAGACACGCAGUAGCAAGGAUAACCGGAGUGUGGGUGGAAACUCCAAGAAGAGCGGCAAGAGCUCGGCCAGCACAAGUCGGAAAAAGAAGGAGGAAAAGAAGCCACCCGUGUUUCUCAGGGGUAUCGACCGGAAACAUCUCCAGGAAUGGUUCGACGACGAGAAGCCGACCGACGACCUUAGCGUAUGGGUUGACCGCGACUUGUUGACAACGGGAGACUUGAAGGGGGCCAAAUUUGUGUCUGUUACCGUGGUGCGCCCAGCUGGUUUGCAACCGACAACCGAUACCCCUGUUCAGCCCGAGCAGGUCGAUCCGGCUUCGGCACCAUCAACCAAAAUUGUGGCUCACCUCCGCGGAUGGGAUGACCCUCCUGAUGGACAGGUAGCUGCUCUUUCAUCGCCUCUUGCUGCGGCAGUUGGAAGCGAGGGUAUGGUUGGUGGAGUGGUCAAGCUUGAAGCGGCUCCAUCUCCCUUGGGCAAGAAGAGCGUGGACAAGGACGGUGUUUCGCGCGCUUCGCUUACAAAAAUCAACAUAUACCCGUUUGCUUCGACCAAGGCUACCUCUUCCGCUGGCUUGAAAUUCGGUGGUCAGUCCAAGGCUGAAAAGGAGGAGGCUGCCAAGCAGGUCAACCACAUCUACGGACCUGAGGGUAAUGGGAUAUUGUCUGGACCUAUUACUGAUGGUCAGGUCCUGGCGCUCUAUGAUGGCUUUGACUGCCCUCGUGGCUGGGAGGGUGGUAUCAUCAAAUUUGAGCCCGCGCUUCCUACUCAGGCGUCUGGAAAGAAGCCUUUAAGUUGGGUUCUGGGAUCAGACUGGAAGGUUCCCAUUUCCGUCCAGGCCCCUAUUGGCAAGCCAGCGUGGUUAGAGGGUGAAACUGACUUGUCUCUGGAGACCUCUGACUCUUUGCUAGUUGGCAUUGAUUCACUGUUGGAGAAGCUUCAGUUGCACCUUACUCACAUGUCUUCAGUCCUCUUGACUGGUGGUCAGGGUUCCGGCAAGACAUCUGUGGCACAGUCAGUUGCUCGCACUUUGCGGUCAACCCAUCUUUAUCACACCACCUACUUCCCGUGCACGAAACUUGUCAAUGAUGAGAGCAGGAUAUCCAACAUCAAGGAAACCCUCAACCACCUCUUCAUGGCAGCCAGCUGGGGUGCAAGACUCGGCGGAAAGGCAGUUGUUGUCUUGGAUGACCUCGAUAAGCUCUGCCCUUCGGAACAAGAACUCCAAGUCGGAAACGAUAAUGCCCGGAGCAGACAAGUCAGUGAAGCCAUCUGCUCCAUGGUCAAGCAAUACUGCGGAAAAGAUAGCAACGUCGUCUUGCUUGCCACCUGCCAAGGCAAAGACUCCCUUCACAAUGUCAUUGUUGGGGGUCACGUCGCACGUGAAAUCGUCGACCUGAGCGCUCCUGACAAGGAAACCAGACGCCGCAUCAUGGAAGCUCUUACGAAGAAGGACGCGGUUCCCGCUGAUGAGGUCACCGGCGAAAUCGCCGACGGAGAUCUCGACAGCCGUCCGCCUACCCGCGACGGCAGCACCACCGGGGGUGAAGACGGCGACGGCUGGAUGGAGGGCUCCAACCAGCCCGCACCUAAGAAGGUCUCCAAAAAGCCCAGCGGAUUCGUCCUCGACGCCGACCUCGACUUCCUCGACAUCGCCGGCCAAACCGACGGCUACAUGCCCGGUGAUCUCAUUCUGCUCAUCUCCCGCGCCCGCAACGAAGCCCUCAGCCGCUGCGUGGGCGAAUCUCUCGACAAGGACGUCUCCACGAUCCCCCUCGCGCGCGCCGACUUUGACGCCGCCAUCUCCGGCUUCACACCCACCUCGCUGCGCAACGUCACCCUGCAAUCAUCCAGCACCACCUUCGCUUCCAUCGGCGGCCUCCAAGAAACCCGCCAAAUCCUACUCGAAACUCUGGAGUACCCAACCAAAUACGCGCCCAUCUUUGCCCAAUGCCCUCUCCGCCUGCGCUCCGGUCUGCUGUUAUACGGCUACCCAGGCUGCGGCAAGACCCUGCUAGCGUCCGCCGUAGCAGGCGAAUGCGGCCUCAACUUUAUCUCCGUCAAAGGCCCCGAGAUUCUAAACAAGUACAUCGGCGCCUCAGAAAAAUCAGUGCGUGACCUCUUCGAGCGCGCCUCUGCCGCUAAGCCGUGCGUUUUGUUCUUUGACGAGUUCGAUUCCAUUGCUCCCAAGCGUGGUCACGAUUCUACCGGUGUGACGGAUCGCGUGGUUAACCAGCUUUUGACGCAAAUGGAUGGUGCCGAGGGUCUGUCGGGUGUUUAUGUUUUGGCAGCUACUUCCCGCCCUGACUUGAUCGACCCUGCGCUGUUGAGACCUGGUCGUUUGGACAAGAGUCUACUAUGCGAUUUCCCUAACCUGGAAGAUCGUCUUGAUAUUAUCAAGGCUUUGACGCAGAAAGUUCGCGUCGCGGAGGAAGUCUGGUCUUCUGAGAAGGAUCUGCUAGAGUUGGGCAAGAGAACGGAUGGGUUCACUGGUGCGGAUUUGCAGGCUUUGGUGUCGAAUGCGCAACUUGAGGCAAUUCAUGAUGCGUUGGCUGAUAUGGGCACUAGUAUGGUUUCUCACUCACGUAAGGGUGUGGCAUCGAAGGGCUCAGGAAGGAACGACUUUGUUCAGUUCCGCUAUGGAGACGCCGACGGUGAUGGCCAGGGCGAUGGAACACUCGUCAAAGCCAGAACCAGAGCUGCUGAACUGGCGGAGAAGGCGGCUAUUAGCGCCAAGUUGGAGACUUUGAAGAUGAUGCAGAAGAGGGCUGCUGCCGCUGCUAGGCAAGCUGCUGCUGCUCACGGUCAGACGAACGGCGCCGAUAAGGGCGUCAAUGCCACAACAGGCAAGGGGGGUAAGGACAAUGCAGGCGCACUAAACAAAGAAGUGGUGGUCAACUGGAAGCAUUUGUAUAAAGCGCUGGAAGGAACCAGAGCGUCGAUUAGUGUCAAGGAGAGGAAGAGGCUGGAGAAGAUUUAUCAUGAGUUUGUGGUGGGACGGAGCGGCGAGAUGAGGGAUGGGCAGGGGAGUAAUGAGAUUGGGGGGAGGAGUAGUUUGAUGUAG